AUGGCCUGGCCUCCUACCAUUCCUUUUGCAUACCAUUCCUUUAUACUAUUCGUUUUGUUGUUGAGUUUCGGUUCCCGGAGCUGUUACGGGUUCGGGUCGCAGUUCGCCUUUGACUUCCACCACCGGUACUCGGACCCGGUCAAGGGAAUUCUGGGUGACGAGGGGCUCCCGGAGAAAGGGAGCGUAGAGUACUACGUCGCUAUGGCACACCGAGACCGCAUAAUUCAGGGCCGCCACCUCGCCGUCAGCAAUGAUCAGUCGUCGCCGCUCACUUUCUCCGCUGGAAACUAUACCUAUCGCAUCGCCUAUUUGGGACAUUUGCAUUAUGCCAAUGUUUCAGUGGGGACGCCAAGUUUAUCAUUUUUGGUGGCAUUGGACACAGGCAGUGAUUUGUUCUGGCUACCGUGUGAUUGUAAGACUAAGGGAGGUGGUUGCAUGGAUAGCAUUGGAGGGGUAUUACUCAACAUCUACAGCCCUAAUAGUUCAUCAACAAGUGAAAUAUUUUCCUGCAACAGCAGCUUAUGCACACAAAGCCAAAUUAGUCAAUGCAGCAAUUCGGGAAGCAGUCAUUGUACUUAUACAAUUAGGUAUCUUUCAGAUAACACUUCAACUACUGGGAUCUUGGUGGAGGAUGUUUUGUACUUAACUACAGAUGAUGAUCAUCUAAGGGGUGUCACUCCGAUUACUUUUGGUUGUGGUCAAAGCCAGACUGGUGUAUUUUCAGAUGGUUUAGUACCAAACGGUCUAUUUGGGCUUGGUAUGGAAGAUGUAUCUGUUCCUAGCACCUUAGCAAGAAAUGGGCUAGUUUCGAAUUCUUUUUCCAUGUGUUUUAGACCUGAUGGGUUGGGGAGAAUCACUUUUGGAAAUAAUGGCAGCUCAUUCCAAAAAGAAACACCAUUCAUUGUUAACAUUGGGCAAUUACAUCCAACUUAUAACGUCAGCAUCACUCAAAUAGCUGUGGGGAGAAAUUCUUCUGAGCUGGGGCUUAGUGUAGUCUUUGACUCUGGUACAUCGUUUACAUACCUAACUGACCCAGCUUAUACUUUUAUUUCUGAGAGUUUCAAUUCCCAGGUCCAAAACAAGCGGUAUCCAUCUGACAUCCAAAUCCCCUUUGAAUACUGUUAUGAAUUAAGUCCAAAUCAAGUCUAUGAAGUUCCUAGUGUGAAUCUGACAAUGAAAGGUGGAGACCAAUAUUUUGUCACUAAUCCAACAAAUGUGGUCGACACUGAGGCAGGAAAUGGUGUGUAUUGUCUGGGUCUUCUCAAAAGUGAAUAUAUAAGCAUCAUUGGGCAAAACUUCAUGGAUGGUUAUAGCAUAGUUUUUGAUCGUGAGAGGAUGGUAUUGGGUUGGAAGGACUCUAACUGUUAUGACGAUGAGAAUUCCACCACUGUAGCUGUCAGCCCAUCACACUCACCUGCUGCUUCUCCUGCUGUUGCAGCCAAUCCUGAAGCCAAUCCUAGUAUACCUGUGGCACCGGCACCUCUAUCGGGCCAUUCACCCAAGUUGCAGUCUCUUACCUACGCACUCACAAUGCUUCUUGUUUCGUUUUUUGUCAUUGUUUGA